AUGUCGCGAUAUGGACCAGAAGAUCCUUCUGUUUUGCAUUAUCAGCACAGUCAUAUAUCACGCAAGGCGUGGGCAGGCCAGGAAACAACCUCGUUCAAUAUUCGGCGCUUUGAGGGACAUUUCUGGGAAAUCGAUAAUCAUCACAGACGCGUGAUUGAUUAUGUUUGUAGAUUUGGUUUAGGUGGAGUUCUUUUCUGUGGUAAGGCUCUGGAUGUAGAUCAUGCGUUGAUCACAGCUUUGGUUGAGCGUUGGAGGCCAGAGACACAUACAUUCCAUCUUCCCGUAGGGGAAACUACCAUUACAUUACAAGACGUUCAAGUAUUAUGGGCUUUACGUGUAGAUGGAGUACCCUUCACAGGAAAUGGGUUUUGUGAAACUGGGUGGAGGGGUUUAUGUGAAGAGCUCUUGGGCUUCUAUCCCCUUCAAAGCGAGAUGAAGGAAAACGGUAUCUUGGCAUCCGCGCUAAUACAUAGGAUGACGAUUGAACCGUUAGGAGAUGGUCUCGAAGACGAAGCCUACAUUCAACGGGCACGUAUGAUUGUGCUUGUGCUAUUGGGAGGUUGA